AUGCCGCUGCCCCGUCGGAAAAACUGGUUCUUCGAGCUGUUUGGUGUGAUCGAGCCGGCCUAUGGCAACGUCCGGGGGCUUUUUGAGAUGACAGAGCGGAAUGGACUUGUUAGCUUGAAGAGCUUGAGUAAUGGCCGAAGCUACCAGGCGGGUGCCUUUUCAACUCCUUCUCUGCGCUCUCUUCGCCAAAAAAAUGCCGCCCUGCUUAGCACUGAACGCAUGGUUACCAUCAAGCAUGUAGUCGUUGGUGAUAUUCUGCAACACCAUGCGGAACCGCAGUACAAGCAUGCAACGUUCCAGGCAGCAUCGCAGUUCAACUGUCUCGAAUUUUCCCACCCCGAGGCUCUUCCUGAACGUGGCGUUACCAUCUAUGAGUCAGACUUUACACAAGGGCCAGCCUGCAGCAUCGCGUGCGGUCCCGCCACCGUUUAUCGCGAUCCAUAUGUGACGAUUCGCAACGGCUACACACAUGCCACCAACAAGAGCCUGGCCCGCCUCAACGCCGAUCACACGCCAGCGAGUCUGGAACAGGCGAUGGAGGAGCUUAAGAUUGGUGUGCAAGCCGACACGCAGGUUGUGUUCAAGGAUCGCAACACCACUCUUGAUGAUCCCGACCAAAUCGUGACUCAGUGCUUCUGUUCUGCGCUGAGCUGCGGCUACACCUAUGGCUCGCUCGAUGCCUGGUCUAACGUGGCGUGUGCCGUUUUGAAUGCUUCUCACUGCAUCGCGGCAGUCAUCCAUGUCAACAUGUGUCUCAAGAGGUGUGCUUGCAACAUAUCUCGCCUCUUAGCCUCGUACGAAUGCACGCUGUGGGCAGCGCUGGCCAAUGCUGACCGUCAUGCACGGGCAGAUGGUGCUAACAAGGUGGUGCUCACCAUGAUCGGAGGCGGGGUGUUUCGUAAUCGAGAUGAAUGGAUUGCCGAUGCCAUUGGUCGCGCCGCUGCCAAGCUUCGCUACUCGGGACUCGAG